UCUUGGGAAGGCUGUGACAAACCUCACGCAAUCUGCAAGGUUGGCGUUCGGGAAGUGGUACCGCUUGAUAGCCACCGAAGGCGUGAUUCCGACCAACUGAGUUGCCGCCAGGUUUAUAAAACUCGCCCGGUGAUGCUUCGCUGUGGCUGCCCUCGACUUGGUUUGACUUGAAAAUCUGCUUGCUUGGCUUUGGGCGAAAUCGGACUUACCUUCAGGUUUCUGGCUACUUCACUUGGGAGCUCAUAUUCCACCAUGGCAGACCAAUACACAUCUGGAGAGGACGCCGAAAAGGUGUCACCUCCGUCCGAAUCAGACGCUUCGUCUUCCUCUUCCCAGGCUGUCUCCGUACCGAUCGCGACCACAGAACUCGAUCUCGAGAAGACAGCUAGCAAAGCAAGUCAGCGGACGCAGCGCAGUGAACGGGCUGAUCCACGAACACCCACAAUAGUGCAGGACUGGGAUGGCGUGGACGACCCAGACAAUCCGCUCAAUUGGCCAACUGCAAAGAAGAUCUAUCAUACUCUCAUCCCGGCAUUACAAUGCUUUACGAUCACAUUCGGAUCCUCAGUCUACACGCCCAGUAUGCCUGAAGUUUCUGCCCACUUCAGUGUUAGCCGCACCGCCGCCAUCCUCCCAUUGACCGUCUACGUCCUUGGACUCGGACUAGGCCCCGUCCUCUCCGCCCCUCUGAGCGAAACGUACGGUCGCCGAGCCGUCUAUCUUGUCUUCUUCCCGCCAUCUCUCCUAUUCACGUUAGGCGCCGGCUUCUCGCACUCCUUCGGCUCUCUCGUGGUAUGUCGCCUGUUCGCGGGCAUCUUGGGCAGCGGCUGCCUCGCUGUCGGCGCAGGGACCAAUUCUGAUCUGUUCGCACACUUCCACCGCGCGGUCGCAAGCGCUGUCUUCCUGAUGGCCCCUUUCUUGGGUCCGGCGCUCGGCCCUGCAAUCGGCGGGUACGUGGCGAUGAAGAAAUCCUGGCGCUGGACCCAGUGGGUUAUUCUCUUCGCUGGGGUGAUCGCGUAUGCGGUGACUAUUCCGCAAAAGGAAACAUACAAACGUAUCAUCCUUCAGCGGCGCGCGAAGAAGCUUGGAGUACAAGGUCCGCCGAACCCAAUGCCUCCUGGGAUGUCACGCAUGCACUUUAUUGUGGUUGUCACGAUCUUGCGCCCGUUGCACAUGCUCGUGACAGAGAGCAUUGUGGCGUUCUUCAGUGCAUACACGGCGUUCAACUUCUCUGUGUUGUUUGGGUUUUUCGCGGCGUUCCCGCUUGUGUUCGAGAGCAUGGCGCCGGAGAUUCAGAUCUAUCAUUUCAACACAGGGGAGGGCGGGCUGGUGUUUCUCGGGAUAGAUAUUGGUGUGGUGCUGGCCACUUUGAUCUUCAUUGUGAUGGACAGGAUGAUCUACCGCAGGAAGACAUUGCGGAGGAGGGCUGAGGGCGAUUUUACGCCGCUGCCGCCGGAAGAGAGACUUUGGCCUGCGAUGCUGGGAAGUGUGCUCUUGCCGAUCAGCCUGUUUUGGUUCGGAUGGAGUGCCAGAGCAGACGUGCAUUGGAUCAGCCCGGUCCUGGCGACAAUUCCUUUUGGAAUUGGCAAUUUGUUGGUGUUUUGUUCGUGUAUUUUGUAUUUGAUUGAUACUUACGGGCCGUUGACCGGUGCAAGCGCCGCGGCGGCGAACGGAUUGUUACGCUACGCCAUCGGAGCAGUAUUUCCUUUGUUCACUGUGCAGAUGUAUCGCGCAAUGGGCGUGCCCUGGGCAACGAGUCUUUUGGGAUUUGUCACCGUUGGCCUUCUCCCGAUUCCGUGGGUGCUAUAUAAAUUCGGACCGAGGAUCCGGAGAAGAAGUUCGUAUACGUAUCAAUAGGUGGAUGGGCAGGAGAUAAAGACGGCGUCCCAGGGACGCCUGCAUGUAUGGCGGUUUAUGCGGCCGAAGUGUUCUGUAUACUUGAUUAAACGUGGGAGAAGGUUGUUUGUCGUAUAAUAUCAAGCAGAGUAAACAUCGAGACGAGGAAACAAAUCUUUUAGAAGGGAAGGAGAGGGGACAUCGCAUCGUGGGGCCUCCUUUUCGAGGAUAAGCAAUGUAGCAG